UGUAAGGCUUGAAGCCCGGCAUUUGCUGAGCCAUGGGCGCCAUCAUCACCGUCCCCACACUUUGCGAGGUAGUGCUCUUGCUUGCACAUCACUGGGCCCAAGCUGCAGUGUCAGUGCCAUCCCAUCAACCUACUGAUCUCGUGCUCAAGCUAAGGGAACGCAUUGUUGUAGAUGAGCGUGAGCUUGUGGCGGUGCCUAGAAGAAAGCGCGUUUGCUCUUCUUUGGCCCAAGGGCCUUUUUGCGGGGGUUUGGCAGACGCAGGUGCUGAAGCCGUGAGCCUCCACCGGCUCAUUGGAUUGGUGGAUGGCGUUAUCUCGCAGCAGCUCCGGAGGACUCUUCCUGACGCCUUCCAGUGGGACCCCAAACGUGACCAAACGAUUUCAGCAACACUGUCACAGCUCGUGGUCAAGCUCAUAGGCAGUGACAGUUUCUCAUCCGAUUCAACAUCCCUGCAAAGACUUGGAAGGUUGACGGGAAAAUCUCGUUGCUUCGAGCUGGAAGUGUGGCGACUUUUGCCGAGUCAGCGCUUUUUGCCGGAGUCUUUCGGCAAAGGCCUUCCGCUUGAUGCUGAUCCGAGAUGGUGGGGAAUCUGGCAUGUGGUGCGAUGCCCUUACCCAGCCUCACCAGCAAGGGCUCUCUUCUUCGGUGAGGUUUGGCCUCGGCGUGGACCUUGUUUGCGCCUCUACGGCUUGGGGGUCAAGCGUUCGGCGUCCCUGAGUUUGGCUCGGCCGGUGGUGCUGCGGCGCUUGGUGCUGGGCGUAACAGAUUCAGUGGCACGCUCUUCCAGCAGUUGGGGGAAGGAGUCCUUUGUGUGCGGAGAGCUUAAGGGUGUGGAGAAAUGGUGCCGAAGCCUUGAAGACAUCGCCAAAGAUGCGAGAGCGUCUAAGAUGAAUGGCGCAGGCCGGGGCACCUUCUACACAGAUGUGGGGGACAGCUUGCUGAUGGUGGAUCAUGUGGUUUUCCAUUCCGUGCCUUCGGAGGGGCUGCUCAUAGGAUCCUUGGCAGUCUCUGCGACUCAAGAACCUGAUGGAGAUGCAGAGCAGUUGGUGAUGCUGCUGCGGCGUGCUGAGCCUCAACACUCACAUGUGGCACCUCCAGGACUUUUUGAGGCUGUGUUGGAGACCAUUUCUGCAAAUGCGGCAGUUUGGAAUGCCAAUCAGAUUUUGGAGUGACUUGGCCUAAGCAAAUUGAGCGCUGCCCAGUCUAACAGCUGGGCAUUUGGAGGCAUGGCCUGCGCCUGAGUGGCUACGCCAGCGGCGCAGAACGGCUGAGCACCAGGGUGAAGCUCCUUGCGAAGGCUGCGACCAAGCAGAUGGAGGAGAUGAUGAGACCAAAAUACCAUGACUACUUAGCGUCGUUGGAUCCGGACACACCACUCUUGGAGCUGGAACGGCGGCUUGGUGAAGGUACCGAAGGGGCGAUCUUUCGCUGCUGCGUCGGGUACGUGAUUUGUGAAUUGCUUUGGCAAUCUGUUGCUACUAGCAAACAUUGUUACUACUGUAUAGCGGUUGUUCACAGUAAGAUUUUGUGGCCAUCGAUACGUCAGUGGGAUAUGCAUGCGUAAGUGAGCAAAUUGGCGAUGCGUAAGUGAGACCCUUGCUGCUUGCUGUACCGAAGGGACCGGACAGGAUCCGUUGUGUUUCUUUAUUACAAGUAACUAGCAGUAGGGUACUGUAGGGUUGUGUUGCCCAAGAAUCUGAUGACCAACAUGAUGCAACAUGGAAUUGAAGGUAACCGCUAUUGAACGGGUUUUGUGAAGGCUUUGGUUUGCUUUUUCAGGAGCACUUUGCUUCGUUUGUUUUUUUUGCAUUUGCUUCCCCUAUGCUUGCCCUAUGCUUCUCCCUUUGAGAACUCUUCUCUCUCUCUCUCUUUCUCUCUAUUAUAGUAUUUGUAUAUAUAUAUAUAUACAGUAAUUCUUUCUUGUUUUGGGAAUCCUUCACUGUCCUUUACAGACUUUUGGAGCAAAGAUCAAGCUGCUUAUGAAAGAGAGCCCUGUCAAGUCCAAUUUGGAAGCCCCCCAAUGUUUUUGCAACUGUUCUUGGGAAAAUUAGAUGCAUCUUUGCAAAGUUGCUCCUUGCAGGCCACCCCCCAAAAAAAUUGCCAGGCUUCUAAGCUUGGUCACCAAUCCCUUUCGGGGCUUCGAUUGACGAUGGAUUCUGCAUCGUCAUGCAUGCUCCUGACUAGAGCAUUUGUAUUGAUAAGCUUUCUUCUUGGCCACACAGUCUGAAGAUGCAACACUGAUUUUUGAUCUGAUUACACUGAUUUGUCUGAAGUGGGUGAUUACACUGAGUUCAAUUGAUCUGAUUUUUGAAGUGCGUGUGUAUCCUAGAUGGCAAACGAGCAGGCCUACAAACUCUGCCUCGCCACGAAGUCUAAGAUAUUCUGAAUUGGAUGCUCCUGGAAGCUUUUACAGGUCAUGAGGUUCUCAAUUUGUUACACUUGCUGUAAAACUGUUGAUGUCAUUAGAUAACAGAGUUGCGAUUUUUUGCUCCAAGAGUUCUGAUGUUGAAUCCUGGCGCCAGAACUGGACAGACCUGGAAGCCGAGUCAAGGAGUCUGAGGAAAUCUCAAGUCUUGACAGUCUUGACUUGUGAAAGCGUUAGCA